UGCCACAGCAUCUCCCGUGAGAGCAAGAGGAGAUAGGAGGAUGAGGUUUAUCCAGAGACUUCCUCAUCUGCCCAGACACUUUCUGGUGGGUGGGGCUGUGUGUAGACAAAUUGGCAGGCCGGGGACUCCGGAGGCUGAGGAAAGCUCCAUGAACCAGGAGAUCAAGAUGCAGGCAGCAGCCUUCAAAGACAAGAAAUGGGGGUCCUCAGCCAAUAAAGAAGGUGCAGAUGACCCUGUCUAUGAGAAUACCACCUCCAAAACACAGCACCAGCCAAAGGGCCGUCAUUCACCACCCAAGAAUAAGGCCCAGUCCGAGCCACCCUCCGACCCUGCCCAGGACCCCCAUUGGUUGUCUAGAGCCAUGAUGAGCCUGUAUGUUCUCCUCGCUCUGUCCUGCGUCGUCCUCUUAGCUUUGGUCCUGAUGAAGAAUGCCGAGAUGUCCCAGGAGCUGCUGGUCUUGAAAAGGGAGCUCCAGAACGUCUCUCUUCUGGUGGGAGAGUGCCCGGAAGAGGAGAAGCGCUGGAGCAAUGUCGAGCAGAGCAUCAGGGAGGCCAAGCAGGGCAUUGACAUGGUCAAGAGCAACGUCCAUGAAGGGAACCAGAAACUGAGGACGCUGGCGACAGUCUCAAACAUAAAGGAAAUCAAGACUGCAUUACAGAAUAUCCUCCAGAUGCUGAAGAUGCCACAUCCAAAGCCCACCCCUCAAUAAAAGAAAAGACAUCGAAGCCCUGGCUACACCUCGGAGGACAAGAUAGUGCCUCUCAGUGAAGACGGAAAAUGGGGGCCCCAGCCUGGUCUGAAGCUGCACUUCAUCCCACGCGUAGAAACUCAUGUGUCCUGGUGAAUGUGUCGUGGAGUUGCGCGCGUGCAUAUGUGCUCGUGUGUCGGGAUAAGCACUUCACGGAGGGUGGGUAUUUCAGUGUUUCCCACAGGAAGGUGUUAUGGGUGAAUAUUGAAGGUGGUAAUCACAGCGAGUACGGUGUGCACCCCUCUGUCACUGGACACGUGAUGCACACGUGUAUUGCGGCGUAUUGUGAGUGUAAUGCAUGUCACCGUGGGUGGCUGUGGCGACCGCAGAAGUGUGUCACUGUGGGUGUGCGUGUUGGCGACACGUGUUACCCGUGCCCAUUUCAGCGUACACACAUGUGUGUCCUGCGGGAUGCUGUGUGAUGGAGGCGUGAGGGGGUGGGGUGGGCACACCAUGGGAAUGUAUCACUGUGACCGUGGGUGUGUGCCUUGUCACGCCCACCUGUCACGCUGUGCCGGCCUGAACAGGUGUGUGUCAACACGAGUGUGCCCGAUUAUGCCACUGAGGGUGUUCAGAACGUGGGCCC